AUGUUAAUUAGAUGUUCCUGGUCAGGCGAUAUAGUGGACUGUGAUAAAAUAUUUUCAGUCCAACGUACAGUGCGUGGUUAUUGCUGUGCCUUUAAUCAUAUACUACGUUACGACUCUACUGGCAGUAGACCUGGCCGCACUAUUUACACAGUUAAAAGACAACAUGAACCUGGACAAUUGUAUGGUCUUAACGUGGUUUUAGACUCUAUGGUCGACGAUUAUACUUACAGAUUAUUUAAUAUGAUAGGCUUUGAAGUGCUCAUAUUCGAUCCUACACAUUUCGCGGAUCCGACUGGCGGGCGAGUUAUACAACGCAUUGCGCAACCUGACCACGCAGUGUUCUUUGAAAUUAAAUCUAUCAAGCAAAUAGCUACUACAGAAGUUCGCAAAUAUCCACCGAAAACGAGACAAUGUCUCUUCCAUAACGAUAUAGAGAAAGAAUUUAAUGAACUCUACUCAUACAGCACUUGUAUUGUUAAAUGCCGCGCUCGAACUGUUGAAUCUCUAUGCAAAUGUACACCAUUUUUCUUUCCUACUUCGUCUAGUCGUAGACCUAUAUGUACUCUAGAUGACUUAAAGUGCCUAAACAAAUACAAAGAAAAGCUAUUUUACUUAUACCCAAAAGAUGCAGUUAAUACAGAAGGCUUAGAAUCCGAGCUCCAAGAUGCUCUGUACUGCGGUGAAUGCUUCCCUGACUGUGAAUUAACUCAGCACUUUACUAAGCAUUUUAAAAUACCACUUUCAUAUGUUUCUAAUAAAAAUAAAGAAUUCACUUCAAAUUUUCUCGAUGGCUUAAAUAUGACUGGUAAAUGCAUGCUCAGCAUUUACCAAGCGACAACUGAUGGUGUAUUGAACCGUCUCGACACUGUUUUCUACUGGUUCGAGAUUGUGAGUAAGUACUUCACAGAAACACUA